UGACUGACCACUCUUGCUCGUGGCACUCGUGUCUCGACUAUCUAAACGCCGCAACUAUUCGGGGUCCUCCAUUCUCAACACCUCACCCCACUCCACUCCGUUCAUCUUGCAACUAUGGCCCCGAGCUACACUCUUUACGGCUGCCCCAACACGGCCUCGACCGGCAUCCACUGGCUCCUCAUCCACCUCGAGCAGACCCAGGGCAUCAAGUUCGACUUCUCGGAGAUUUGCCUUCCCAAGGGCGAGCAAAAGACCGAGCGCUACGCCAAGGUCAACAGCAAGCAGCGCGUCCCGACGCUCGUCGCCCACCCCUCCUCUGGCGCGAGCGUGACCAUCACUGAAGCUGGCGCGUGUGCACUCAUUCUCGCCGAAGAGCACCCACAGGCCCGCCUCCGCCCCGCCCUCGAUGCACCACUGGCCGAGCGCGCCGCAUUCGAUGAGGCGUUCAUCUUCGUCGUCAACUCCAUCCUGCCGGCCCUCCGUGACUGGAUGUACGCCGACAAGGAUGGCUCUCCGCAGUACGCUCAUGGAGUGCGGCUGCUCACCCUUGAUCGUCUCAAGAUGAUGUAUGGUGUGCUCGACAAGCUCCUCCUCGAGCGCAAGUACCUCGCGGGUGACCGGCCGACCGCUGUCGACUACAUCUUCUGCGCAACCAUGAGCUGGGACGGCUUCAUUUAUGCGCUGUCUCGCAGGUUCAAGCAUAUUCGCCGGUUCGACGACGAGAUGCGCGCAGAGAAGAGCUUCAAGGAGCUCGAGAAGCGUGAACAGCUCACCAUCUCGGACAUCAAGGACUGGGAGGAGCCGUACCUUACUCUCUCGGCACAGCUUUAGUGUAUGCAAGAAGUAGACUGCGAGUUGUUGAUCGUACAUAAAGGUGUAUUAUAGAUGCCGAG